GUGGCGCAAUGGGAGCAAACCGGCUCGUUUGUUUUCUUUUUGUUCCGGAGUUAUGUAGAUAAGAUAUUCGGCGCUGUUGUUCGUACCCCGCUAACGGCUCCGCACAGAAGAAAAAGAGGAGGAGCCUUACGGGCCGGUCCCGGGGGGGAAGAGGCAGCUGCCGCCGCCCUUCCGCUGGCCUCAGGGUGAGAGCUGAGGGCUUGAAAAGCAGUUGUCAUGCUGUCUUAUAUACAAAAGUUACACUGUUUAGGGAGACUGUUAUGUAACAUAAACAGUGCUGCAGUGUAGUAACAUUUGGUUAAAACCUUGCAAGCAAACGCCAAAAUGAGCAAGCGAUCGAGCAGUGACAUUCCUUUAGGAAGGAUGAGCACAGCAGCGUUCCCAUCUCCAGCUGCUGAGAUGGCAGAAAUUAAUCGAAUUCAGUAUGAAAUUGAGUACACUGAAGGGAUCAACCAGAGAAUGAGAGUUCCAGAAAAACUCAAGGUAGCUCCACCGAAUGCUGAUCUUGAGCAGAGUGUUCUUGAUGGAGGGCUUCCUAAUGCCAGUGUAACAAUGCAGGUGCCAGAACGGAUUGUAGUGGCAGGCAACAGUGAAGACAUUCCAUUUUCCAGACCUUCAGAUCUAGAUGUUCUCCAAUCAACCCCAUUCAAGCCUUUAUCACUGAAAACGCCUCCUCGUGUUAUCUCACUCAGUGAACAGCCACUAGAUUUCCUGGAUCUGGAGAAAGUUCCUGCUCAGAAUCCUCAAAAUGAAGAGGUUCGUUUAGUCGGAAGGCUGAAAAGAGAACGUUCUAUGAGUGAAAAUGCAACUCGUCAAAAUGGUCAAUUGGGCAGAAAUGAGUCAAUUGUGACACCAUCACCUCAACAGGGUCGUGUCUGUCCUCCCCAAAUGUUCUCUGAAGAUGGAUCUAAUCUUUACUCUGCUCGGGGCAUUUUGUCGCUCAUCCAGUCUUCCACCCGUAGGGCUUACCAGCAAGUCUUGGAUGUGCUGGAUGAAAAUCGCAGGCCAGUGUUACGUGGUGGGUCGUCUGCUGUCACUUCCUCUAACCUUCUUCAUGACAACACCAGAUACGGUCUUUCAACUGUGGAUACAACAUUUGAGGGAACACCAGAAGAUACGACAGUUGUGGAUGCUGCUUCUUUAAGACGACAGAUAAUCAAACUUAAUCGCCGUCUACAGCUACUGGAAGAAGAAAACAAAGAACGUGCUAAAAGAGAAAUGAUCAUGUACUCAAUUACAGUAGCAUUCUGGCUACUAAAUACUUGGCUUUGGUUUCGGCGCUAGAGAUGGCCAUCCCACUUCAAAAGAUUUGACAGUGGAAAAAAUAUAGAGAAUUUGCAAAGUCCUUUGUUUCUGUCUCUGAAUUGUAUGGUGAUUUAUGACCCAUGCCCUGGAAAACCUGCUCCUGUGAACAGCUAUAACAUUACAGUGUUAAAGGGAUGUCUGGAUGACUAUUUAUUUUUUCAGAUUUGUGGUAACAUUCUGUUAUGUUCCUUUUGCAUGUCUUGAUGUACAUUUGGAUGAAUUAUUUUGCAAAGGGAAUUGCUUCCAUUUCAAACUAGUGAAGGCAUCCUUGUAGACAAUUCUGUCUAGUGUAGAAGGAAUACAAAAGCAAAUUUGUGAAAUUAACCUGCAAACUGUCAUAAUUUAAAGUAUGGGUUUCUUAUUGUUAUUCCAUUAUUAAACGCAGCACCUUUAUAGCUAA